AUGAGUGACCCAUUUGAAAUCCCUACCCAUUGUAAGGCGGGAGUAGUGGUCAAUGAAGGCCCUAACUUCCAUCUUGAGGUACAGAUGGUCCCCGUUCCCGAACCAGGUCCUGAUGAUAUCCUCAUCCGAUUAAACUACACCGGGAUAUGCUCUUCUGAUAUCCAUAUGAUGCAAGGGGAUCUGGGCCUCCCACCUAUGUCUUCAUUUGGUGUGCGAUCUCCCGGUCAUGAGGGGGUGGGAGUUGUAGUGAAACUGGGUUCCAACGUGAAGAACUUCCAAUUAGGUGACAGGGCCGGCCUCAAACCUAUCAUGGACACGUGCGGAUCCUGCGUUCAUUGCUGGGGUGACAAGGAGACAUACUGCAAGGGGGCCAUUCACUGUGGUCUGAUGGUGGCCGGUAGGUGCAUCCUGGCGAGUUUGGGCCAAGAUCAAGGGCUGACUAUGGUAUCAGGUACCUACCAGCAAUAUUUAGUCUCCCCGGCCAGAUACGCAUCACCAAUCCCAGAUGGGAUCUCUGAUGAAGUUGCCGCUCCGAUCAUGUGCAGUGCUAGCACCAUCUACCGAUCUUUGGUUGAAUCGGCUAUUCAAUCGGGGGCUUGGGUUGUUUUCCCUGGAGGAGGCGGUGGCGUUGGCAUCCAGGGUGUUCAAUUGGCCAAGGCGAUGGGGAUGCGUCCAAUCGUGGUGGAUACAGGAGAGAACAAGCGCACAUUAUCAUUGCAGAUGGGAGCUGAGGCAUUUGUUGAUUUCAAGGAGACCGAUGCAAGCCAAGCUGUGAUUGACAUUGCCGACGGGAUUGGCGCGCACGGCGUGUUUGUCACAGCCCCCGCUGCCUAUAAGACUGCGAUCUCAUUUGUUGGAGAGCGCAUUGGAAGCACCAUCAUGUGCAUCGGCCUCCCUGCCGCCGGGUCGACGGUACUGGGUACCGAUCCAUGUGAGUAUAUUUUCAAGAACCUGACUAUUAAGGGAACCCUCGUUGGUAGUCGGAGGGAUACCGCCAUGGCGUUGGAUUUUGCUCGCAGGGGGAUGCUCCGACAGGUUUGUGAGGUCUAUCCUAUAAAUCGAAUGCCUGAAGCGGUGGAUAAGUUGCGCAGGGGAGAAGUGGCCGGACGACUGGUCAUUAAUUUCAACUGGGAGGAUUAG